UGACGCUAAACAUCGUUGGUAGUAAAGAAGAGGAACACUAAGGUUGUUUUCCGUCUACGCUGUAAUAGAAUGGCGACGUCUACAAACAAUUCUGACCCAGUGCAAGAUAAAUCUAAUGUUAGCAUGGUUGCCCUUCCGAUAGUGGAUGCGGAAAAUGUGACCUGGACAAGGUUACUGGAUCAACCUGGAAUAACUUUCCAGACCUUCCCUGUCCUUGACCUGAAUGGCCAGCCAAUCACAGUGAAUGUUAACGCCAUUGACAGUCAUAUACAAGCUUCAGCAUCGGGAUUGACAACAUUGGUCCCCAAUAAUCCUACUAUGACACAUACUGACAGACCAAUUUCAGGUAAUGAUGGACAUGUGAUGGUCAGGAAUGGAAGUCAAGGUAAUAAUUUCCUCGCGGCUGGUAACAACGGUAACAAUCUAUCGUCAGUAUUUAGUGAAGGUAUGAGCAUUGUGUCUUCUCAAGAUGGUCUCCCAACAAACUCCAGUAUACUGGAGUUAAUGGAAGACCCCUAUCAGCCUGGAAAUGAGACAUUUUUAAAAGCUGAGGAAACCAGUAUUUCACCCAACGAGAAUCAGCUGGUACCAGCUGGUGACUCAACAUUGCUGAAAACCAGUACAGAAGAGAUAUUCUCAAACAUCCAAGCGUUUCUGUCGGAUUCUGUUCUAGAAGCUCUUAUCAACACAAAGUCCACUUUUCUAGCUGACCUCCAAAAUCUGAACAGUCUUGUCUGGCAGAAAGAGGCCCACACUUGGUGUGUGUCUGGCAAAUUAUCAGAGCUCAUAGGACUCCAUAGUAAACUUCUCAAACUACUCAAUGGGAACAAGAAGGCUGGUAGUGAGGGAGAAGUAGAGACCUGUACAACCACUGACAAAUGUAUACAAACAGAACCCACAAGUGCCUCUGAUUUUUCUGCCAUGUGUGACAUCCUCGUCCCUACUGUGUCUGCUUUUGGACGUGGAAUCAGACAACCUGCCAGGUUCAAUCAGUACAGUUUCAUGGCAGAGGCUGACGAUAAUCAGGAGGAAGAACGACCAAAGAAGUCACGGAAAAAGAAAAAGCCAGAAAAUGGACCUUUAUCUGACAACAAAAUGUCCCAGGCUGUGGGUGGUAGAACUAAUGAUAUAUCAAAGCCACUGGAAAAGGUCAAUUUCUUCUUGUCAAAUGCUAAGGAGAACCAACAGCAGGGAAUGACUGGCAAUGUUGAUGCUGUAGAAACAAACAAGCAUCUAGGUGGAACAGAAUAUAUGGGGAGUGAAAACCAACAGCCAACAGAUGGGGUGGAGGCAGUAAACAAGAACACCAAUGAAUGUGAUGAGAAUGAUGAUGAGCCAAGAAUACCUAAGAAAAAGACGAGGAAAGAUUACGAAAGUUUAGCGCCAUUUAAGUAUUUCUGCAAGAUCUGUUCAUUCAAGUCGAAACGAGAAAGUCACUUUGCAAAGCAUAUGAAACUGCACACAAACAACACUGAACUGUAUGAGUGUAAACAAUGUGAUUUUAAGACAAUUCGAAGCAGUACUCUGAAGUGUCAUGAGGUGUGUCACAGUAAGUCUCUUUUCCACUGUGAACACUGUAAGUACCGUUCCACCAGCUCCGUCCUCCUACAUAAACACAUCAAAGGCAAACAUUGCCCAGCCUCCGACAAAAGACGUCAUACCAGAAAUCUUUUGUACCUUCGAUGUCAACAAUGUUCCUUCAAAACAGUCAAGGCUCAGAAAUUUGCUCAGCAUUUAAAAACCCAUGGUUCAACAACACUUAUGUCUGAGGAGACAGCAAAGCUUCUACAGAAAGUGGAGGAAACAUCAGCUGUGGAACUUCAGUGCAAGGAUUGUAAUUAUAAAACCAUGCGCAAGGAACAUUUGGCACGUCAUCGAAAUAAUGUACACACUGACCUUCGACCUUUUCUUUGUGACCUAUGUGGCUGUUCAUUCAAGCGUGCAGAUACCCUUACAGCUCACAAGGUCACACAUAUUGACAAGAAGUAUCGUCUAUAUCAGUAUAAAUGUAAGGAAUGUGAAAAAGACUUCAGGUCACGGGCUCAUCUUUCAGAACAUAUGGCGAUGCACUCUAGUUUAAGGAUGUACUUGUGUGAUAUUUGUGGUGUUGGCUUCAAACGUAAGUCCUGUCAACAGAAACACAUGAAGUCUAUUCAUCUGAAUCCACGUUCCUUCCAGUGUAGAAACUGCAAUAAAAGCUUCAACACCAAGUAUGCCCUUCUGCGUCAUACUCGAACACAUGACACGGCAAUACCCAAUCAAGUACACCCGAAUGAACAAGUCUCCCUGCAGCAGAUUCAGAUCACCCAUGCCUUCCAGUGCUCUGAGUGUGAAAAAACAUUCCACACAAAAUAUUUAUUGUUAAGACAUAUGCAGACCCACGAUCCAACAAUUCAGAUACCGGAGGAUAUGGUAGAAGAGGCGUUACCUCAAAUAGAGGCUCAGAUCUCUACGUUUGAAACACUGGAUGAACAGGCAUUAGAUACUCAGGGUUUGGACGGUCAGACGCAAGAGCUUACUGUCCAAGACAUCAUCACAGGAGGUCAAGUACUGGAGGAGUAUGAUCAGACCAAUUUGACCAGCAAUGAGACCGCCAUAGCUACUAUUUAUUUGAGCAACCAAUUGCCUCUAAAUUUAUCUCCAGUGUUGUCCGAACAAGGCACAUUUAAGUAGGCUGGAUACUGUGUUUAAAUUUUGGAGAAAUAAUAUGCCUACAGUCUAUUUGGUUAAAGAUAAAUUUACAUAUUGUAUCCUGAUUUCUCAAAAUGAUAUUUUAAAAAAAUGUUCAGCUCUUCAUGGCAGAAAAUUUAAUAAAUUUUGGGCAACUGAACCGAAGUGCAAAAAAAUCCGAACCUCUUACUACAUAAGUGUCAUUUUGUGGCAAGUAAGUGUACUUUGCUGGUCUUAUUUCACAAGUAAGUGUACUGGUCUUAUUUCACAAGUAAGUGCACUGGUCUUAUUUCACAAGUAAGUGUACUUUGCUGGUCUUAUUUCACAAGUAAGUGCACUGGUCUUAUUUCACAAGUAAGUGUACUGGUCUUAUUUCACAAGUAAGUGUACUUUGCUGGUCUUAUUUCACAAGUAAGUGUACUUUGCUGGUCUUAUUUCACAAGUAAGUGUACUGGUCAUAUUUCACAAGUAAGUGUACUGGUCUUAAUUCACAAGUAAGUGUACUGGUCUUAUUUCACAACUAAGUGUACUUUACUGGUCUUAUUUCACAAGUAAGUGCACUGGUCUUAUUUCACAAGUAAGUGUACUGGUCUUAUUUCACAAGUAAGUGUACUGGUCUUAUUUCACAAGUAAGUGUACUGGUCUUAUUUCACAAGUAAGUGCACUGGUCUUAUUUCACAAAUAAGUGUACUGGUCUUAUUUCACAAGUAAGUGUACUGGUCUUAUUCCACAAGUAAGUGUACUUUGCUGGUCUUAUUUCACAAGUAAGUGUACUUUACUGGUCUUAUUUCACAAGUAAGUGUACUUUACUGGUCUUAUUUCACAAGUAAGUGCACUGGUCUUAUUUCACAAGUAAGUGCACUGGUCUUAUUUCACAAGUAAGUGCACUGGUCUUAUUUCACAAGUAAGUGUACUUUGCUGGUCUUAUUUCACAAGUAAGUGUACUGGUCUUAUUUCACAAGUAAGUGUACUGGUCUUAUUUCACAAGUAAGUGUACUUUACUGGUCUUAUUUCACAAGUAAGUGUACUGGUCUUAUUUCACAAGUAAGUGCACUGGUCUUAUUUCACAAGUAAGUGCACUGGUCUUAUUUCACAAGUAAGUGCACUAGUCUUAUUUCACAAGUAAGUGUACUGGUCUUAUUUCACAAGUAAGUGCACUGGUCUUAUUUCACAAGUAAGUGUAUUGGUCUUAUUUCACAAGUAAGUGCACUGGUCUUAUUUAACAAGUAAGUGUACUGGUCUUAUUUCACAAGUAAGUGCACUGGUCUUAUUUCACAAGUAAGUGCACUGGUCUUAUUUCACAAGUAAGUGUAAUGUCAUAUACAACAAAUUUUCAUUUGGUGACAAUAACCAUGUACAUUGUAUUUGGAUUGGAAGCGUAUAUUACUAUUUCACAUAAUUUUCUAGAUACCUUAUAAUAAUACAGAAGAGAGUUUAAGGUUAUGUUGAUUUGCUUCCUACCUCAGUUGUGUGUUGUAUGUUAUACAUGUAACACACAGUCACUAAAAUUUAGCUUGUGAGCACAUCUUUCAAUAGCAGAGUGUAGUUAAUUGUUUAUCAAAAGUUGAUCUCUGAUCUUCAUCUCACUGCCUAGUGUUACACUCCUUUGUUAGUUUUUAUUCUCAGUUAAGGGUAUGGUGCCAUAUUCCCCAGUAUAAGCCCAUAUAUGGUAUUAAGCCCAUUUAUGGUAAUAAGCCCAUAUAUGGUAAUAAGCCCAUUUAUGGUAAUAAGCCCAUAUAUGGUAAUAAGCCCAUAUAUGGUAUUAAGCAAGCCUGUAUGAAUUGAUAUACAAUGUAAUUAAAAGCACAAAUAUGAUUCCCUUAUCUUGCAAUAAGCCCAACCCUCCUGAAUUUUGAGUGAGAUUUGGUAUAUGGUAUCCCUUGGAUUUUUAAGCACACACACAGUGCUAUACUGACCACCCUAGGCUUAAUGUUUUGUUUAUCAUAUAUUACAACAGCAGUUGAAUUAUUUGAGAAAACAUUAUCGUAUUUCACGUCUGUAUUUAUUGUUUUCAAUAAUUAAGUAUAUUCUUCAGCUUUCUGAAUUGUGUUUGCCAGCUAGGCUGAUUAAAUUAUCUAUUUAUAUUCAGUGUAAAGCCAGU